AUUAAUUUUUUUUAUUUUUUCGAUUUGAUUUUUUUUUCAUUUGCGAAUGUUGACGCUUGAAAUUUAUAAGAGAAAAGGUGGGAGUGGUGCAUCAACAAAUUCAAAUAACCAAAGGCAAUAGUGACAAUAAUUUUUUUCCUUUUGCAGUCUCUCUAAGUUUAAUGAGUGACUCACAUUGACUUGGAUUCAAAGACAUAUUCUAUCACUGUGUAUAUAUCAAUUUCAGAUUAUCCAUGUUGACAUCAGAUAAUCCACAGUUGACAUAACAAUGAUUAAGAUAUAACUUGGUCAAAUUAAAAUUUAAGAAAUGUUUUAUGUACGUAAUUAUAUAUUGCUCUGUACAUAAUCCAUUUAACAUGUUUACUGCAAAACUUAAAAAAUUCUACUCCGCACUGGUAAUGUAACAAAGACAAAACCUGAACAUGUUUCAUUGAUGUUUGUUCUUGAACUUUGUCAUUUAGAAAAUAAAACUGUCCUCUAAAAGGUUGUGUAAAGUCUGUAUGAUUUUAAUAUCAUUAAGAUAAAUCCUGCAAAUGACAUAACUCAACAUGCCAUCUCAGCUAUUAUGUAGGUCAUUGAUAAGAUUGCAGCAACCAUCCACCUUGCCAGUGAAUCUCAAAGCAUUCUACAUUGUGUAUCUCUGCUUUCUUUAAACACAAUAUGCUAAUGUGGCAUACAUAUUUAUCGUCACAGCAAGAGGAGUCUUGAUUUUAGGGGGACCUAUAUGUUUGCCUACUGAUUACUUUUGAAAUAGUGUCGAGAAAUGCACUCCUUGUCUGACUAAUCUUGUAUCAGCUACACGUACAUUGACCUAGCAGUGGGGAAACGUGGACCAAUGCCACCAAGACGCAUUAAGUGUGCCGGCAGUAGGAUGUGUGGAUUUAUGAAGCUAAUUGUUUUCAAGUCAAACUUUUCUAUUUAGUUUAAUAUUUACCGAGGUUGGUCAAAAUGGCAGUUUGGCAGGCUGUGUUGAUCCCUUGCAGCGUGAUGACUCGUACUACUGGCUGUAUCCCCAGUUUGUUCUGAGCUGUAUACUUUCCAGGGAAAUUCUUCCAUGACAUAUAGGAUAUCACAAACAAAAAGUGGCCAAGUUGAAAUAACUUUCAGAUUUAGAACUUGGCAGUCAGAUGCACUGCUUCUUCAGCAGUUUUUAAGUGUCAAUGGAACGUUGGAGGAAAGUUAUAAUUUUGCACUGGAUCUUCACAGGGGACAUUUAAGGGUAUCAGUUGAUAAUGGAGUUGACACACAAGAGAUUACGAUAGGGAGAGGUUUACAGCACAAUAACUGGCACUUUGUCACUUUCACCCAAAGUAUGAGUAGAAAAGCAGUAUCUGUUAGAUUAGAUGAAGAUGAAAAGAUAUUUAACUUCACUUUUCCAUCCAUUGCUUUAAUGCCUUCAUGUGACUCAUUGAUAUAUUUUGGAGGCAUGGUCACCAGACAUUACAAAUCAUUCAUUGGUUGCCUAGAAGUAACAAGUAUAAACAACAAGACAGUAACUUCCAGCUUCCUUGUUACUGAGAAGACCAAUUUAGCCAAUGGCUGUGUGAAUAAGUGUUUGGGGUCUUCUGGGCCUGGUCCUUGUCUUAAUGGAGGGGAGUGUAUCAACAGGUACACUGACACUGUGUGUGACUGUUCCUCUACAAGAUAUGCAGGAAAGAGGUGUGAAAAAAUAGGUCUGACAUCCGUGACCAUGAUUGGCAAAUCUUGGCUGCAAUAUGAUGCUUUUGAGGCUGAUAACCACUACUGGACAAUACGGAGUAUCAUGUUGCAGUUUUUGCCUUCCAGACCUACAGGGCUGUUAUUUGAAGCAAUGGGAGCCAUUGACAGUGGUUCAUACCUGACAGUAGCUAUGGAGGAUGGAAAGAUAAAGGUUAUAGCUCUACAUGGUGGUUAUAUUUCACAAUUGAGCGUGGAACAAGCAGUGGGGUUUGGUGUGUGGCACCAGCUUACAGUAGUUCCCAGAACUGACCAUGUUGUAAUUAGUCUGGAUAGGAGGCAGGAAACACUGAUGUUAAAUUCCUCUGACCCAGGCUUUCACCUGACAAAAGUGUACAUUGGAGGUUAUCCAAAUGCUUCACAAGUGUCUGGUCAUUAUGUCAAUUUCACUGGGUGCAUGCGAGGUGUGUAUGUCAACCACCUGUCUGUUCUGGAUGAGGCAGAGAGUCAAGGGCCAGGAAUAGAGGGAUUUGGGUUUUUACUUAAAAGUGCCUGCAAAGACCUGAACCUGAUCCCUAUAUCUUUUCCUGCACCAAGUUCAACAGUUGCAAUCCCAGCAAACAGCCACAAGUUGAUCAAUGUGCAUUUUGCUUUCAAGACUCUGAAUGCCAAUGCAUUGUUGAUGCAUGCACCAGUCUCCAUAGACAGUGCCACAGGGACACUUAAGGUGUGGCUGUCAGAUGGUAAGUUAGUAGUCAGAAUCACCACAGAUGACCACUCGGUAGCCAACAGGUUGACAGUAGGGAGGAGGCUCAACCUUAAUGAGUAUCAUGACGUCAGAAUCAGAGCACUGUACAGACAACUCACUGUUCACCUUGAUGAAGAAAAUACCAAGGCGCAGAGAGCUGGAGACAUCAAGUUUACAGGUUAUGUACAUUUUGGAAGAGACCGCCAUUCAGAAAUUAAAGGUAGUUUUGUUGGAUGUAUGACAAACUUUGCCAUCCAGAACAUUAGCAUUGACUCCCAAGACAUAGUGCAGUACCAGAAUGAAGGUGUUAUGAUAGAGGAGAAUGGCUGUUCUCUGGAGGACCACUGUGCCAAUAGCAACCCAUGUCAACAUGAAGGAAGGUGUGUCUCCCACUGGAAGUCAGCCAGCUGUAACUGUACCAGAGGAUAUGAAGGGAAGACAUGCCAGUUUGCUGUAUAUCCCAGCAAUUGUGAUGAGUAUUACCAGCGUGGUGACAGGAUAUCUGGAGUGAAGCAAAUAGACGUAGAUGGCACUGGCUCCCUGUCUCCAUCCUAUGUGUACUGUGACAUGGGGUCAUCUAACACUGGAGAAACUGUGGUGGAUCACAACUGGGAGGAGCAAGUGGUCAGGGCUCCAGGAUUGCCUCAUCAGAAAAUGACAAUAUCCUACAGAACUAUGGACAUGGCCAAACUUCAGGAGUUGGUGAAAAAUUCAGCAGGCUGUAGGCAACAUUUCAGAUAUGAGUGUACAGAUUCCCCCAUCAAGUUAGGGGAGUUAUUUAAUUACAGUAGUCCCUCUGGAGAUAUGCACUCUUCCCUGGGAGGUGGACAUUAUGGACAGUGUCCGUGUGCUGUCGCAAGGAACUGUACUGGGACCCAACCAUGUAACUGUGACGUAGGAGGCAAAACUGUUGACAAAGGAUUUGAAAGAAGAAAAUCCCAUCUACCAGUGACUGACUUAGUUUUCAAGCAGAAUGCUAGCAGUAAAGGGGUGGCAAAAUUUAGUCUGGGACCUUUGAUCUGCUAUGGACAAGCAUCUGAAACUUUUCCUGCCACCAUGUCCUUUAACAGUCCCCUGUCUCACCUGAGCCUGCCUGGGUGGACUAGAGGGCACCUGUCAUUUUGGUUUCGCACCUUCCAGUCUUCAGCUGUCCUGUUUUAUCAAGCUCCUGCAAAACCUGGCACUCAGGACUUUUUUGAAAUUACACUUAAGGAUGAUACCAUUUUGUUUACUUUUGCUAUCAAAAGCAAGACAGAUGUCCUGAAUUUGAAAGCAAAGAGCUCUCUAACUGAUGGGGAAUGGCAUUAUAUAGCAGUAGAGCUCAGUCCUCAGCAGACCAGAUUUACUGUAGAUCUACACAGUCAAAUCCAUGAUUUCCAUAUUGGCAGUGAUGGAAUGUUGGGACCAGGUUUCAAAGGCAAUGUGGCUAUUGGGCACAGCAUUAUAGCCACUGCCACAACUCCAGGGUUAUUUGGAUGUAUGAGGUCUCUGAAAUACAAUAAUCAGUUGUACACAAUUACAGAUCAUGUUGAUCAGAGAGCACACAGAGUCAUACCAGGCUGUAUCGCAUCCUGUGUCAGCCAGCCAUGCCAUAAUGAGGGUCAGUGUGUAGAGCGGUGGGGAGACUACCAGUGCAGGUGCCAUGAUCCAUUACUACAUAUAGGCAGGAACUGCGAGCUAGAUCUCAGCCAGGACCAGGUAUAUUUCAGUCCCAGUGCCAGCCCCCUGGAGUUUCAGCAUGCUAUGGAGAGUACAGACUCAAAUCUGGACACUCUGUUCAGCUUCAGAACAUACCAGACAUCUGUCCCAGUCUAUUAUGCUGAGGACACACUGGGAAACUCCAUUAAAGUGGAUGUCAGGAGAAAAAAUACACUGGCCUUCACUUUGAACAGGGACAGAGAAGGAGAAGUUGAUAUCCCAGUUUUAUCUGAAGGCACAUGGAUACAAGUGAUAAUAAGGCGUGACCAGAAUAACUUGAUAUUUGAAGCAAGUGGACGGCAAAUGGUUUUCAAAGAUGAUCCUGCAUCUAUGGAGGCUGACAUGGCAGGAUCAGGGAUUUCUGCAAACUACCCCAUAGAACUCAAAGUAUACAUUGGUGGCCAUCCAAACUCAACCCAAAGCUUACAUGGCUGUUUCAGUGGUCUUAAAAUAGGAAACAUGCCAUAUAAUCUUUCCAAGGCAGCAGAUGAAGGAAGACAGGGUAUCCUCCUUGGCUGUGAAUCAGGCUGUGAUGCAACGCCAUGCCAGCAUGGUGGCCGCUGCACAGAGAGAUGGCAGGGACAGUAUCACUGUGACUGCUCACAUACCACAUACACUGGUGACAACUGUGACACAGAUGUUGGUGUUGAAUUUGAUGGUAACACAGUGAUAACCACAGAGCUUGAAGCAGAAAUGGUUCCUGUAUCAGAGAAGGAAAGCAUCUUCUUUACCUUUGCCACCAAUACAGUCACCCCAUCUCCAAUGACCCUUGUAUUUAUUCAGGGAUCUCAUGGCAGAGGCAUGGAGUACAUCCUGGUGACCUUGACCCAGCAGGGAACUAUCAGGGUGGAUGUGGAUCUAGGAUUUGGGCAGCAUGCCAUAGCAUUGCAAGGUCAUUAUGCAGAUGGCAACAGGCACAAAGUACAUUUUAGGAGAUAUCAGGAAAUAUUUCUGUUGCAGGUUGAUGACAGGAACACCUCCUCCAUGUUGCACCUGGAGUACAGAUUCCAUGGAAUCCGCAGGAUUUCAGUAGGAGGAAUAACUCCAGGAUUUAUUCACUUCCUACCAGCUGGGAACAUGAAGGGAUGUAUCUCUAAUGUUGACAUCCAACUAGAACAUCUAAAAACCAAUCUGUUGCCAUUAGAAACUGCCUUAAAGAUAUCUCCUGGUCCUGAAGGGGUUGACUUCAUAAUUAGCCCAAACUCUGCAGACCUAAGGCCAGCAAAGUGUUCACCACCACCCAAGGAGAUAGUGGAUAAAGGAAAUUUCACUGUCUUUCAGGAAGAAAUUAAGCCUCCCUCCACAUUCCCUCCAUGGAACCCAGGCCUGCCCAAGGUGGUCGUCAUCUCCUCAGAUGACCAUGAUAUCCACACAGGGGAGCAGAAAGAGCAGGGUGGAGACAGCACAGUGACACAUACAGUUGUAGCUUUAGUUAUACUGCUAGUUGCAGUAGCUGCUUCAGUUGUCAUAACAAUUAUCUUGAGAAGAAAACACAGGAAGAUUGUUAAAGAGUACCACUCUGUGAACCAGCAGGACAACUUUAACCCAGGGACACUAGAGCUCCCUGAGAAUGAGGUCUCCCCAAGGCCCCAAAGCACUCACCUUGCCAGCACUGAAGAUCUCAGUGAUGCUAUCUCAAGAGAAAGUGACUCUACUAAACCCAAGUUUGAAGAUGAAGAAGGGGAGAAGCUACUAAAUGAUAAGACAGAUUUUGAGAACCCUUCUAAUGCUGGGAAUGAUCUUGAUGCCAUUCCAAUGAUUGAUGCCAGUGAUGAAGAUGAGCCAACACCUUCAGCUCAAUUCCUGCCACUGGGGACAGAUGGCCUAGAAUCCACAGAAAGUAUAACACAUCCAGGUGGCACAGAAAAAGGGGCCGAAACACACCAGGCUAGCACUGAAGACACUUCACAAAACAGAGAUAAUGCCCAAGCAGAACCUGGAUUUUCAACUCCUUCCGCAAGACCACAGUCUUGUCAGCUUACAGCAGUGUGAUGGAAUGUAUGUUCUGUGUAGCUACCAUUGUCUCAACUCAUCACAACUUCAACAGAUAAAAACUUCAGCUUGCUUGGUAAUAAAAUUUACAUGUCAUGAAAGUGUUUUGAUUUCAUCACAGUAAACAAAUAUAUUAAAACAGCUUUUACUUUAAAGCCACCAAAGUUGAUGUUUAUAGUUAAAUAUAUAAACAUUUUAUUAUUAUUAAAGCGAACAUAGUUAUACAACUGCUGUGGUGUGAUUUUUUUGUGAUAAUAAUAAUAAUUACGUCAUGCAGAAAAUGCUAUACUUGACAUACAGGAUAGAUUAAGUUUGCCAAAGUUACUUUUUGCCAUUAUACAGGAUAUCUUGCAGUUAGGUGAGGUUUUACUCUAAUAUCAUGGCAAAUGUUGCUUUGUUCAUAAUGCAGUUCAUGAGGUUUUUUAGGCACACUACUAAAAGUUGGUUGGUUUUCAAUGCAUAGUAGUUUGUGACAACAGCUUAUCUAUCUCCAUUUUGUCACAAUGCCAGUUGUUAGAGUCGUAGUGUUAAUAGUUUUAAUAUGAACUUUGUUUAAUUAUGCCAUGGUAAAUUUUGUUUUUUGUUUAAGAGGUAUCAAGUAGCAACAUUUAAAUGGUUUUAGAGAGAUUGAAACUGAGAGUUUAUAAAGUUGUUGAGCAUUUUUUUGUCUGUAGCAUUGUAUAAUUUUUUCCACUUAUUGCAUUGAUAUUCUGUAGUGACGACAGCACAGUAACACUUCUUGCAGAGUAAGGCUUGUUGCAUUAUAUUACAAUUUAUAUUUUACAUACCCAGCUACAGUAAAUAACUUUUAAAUAAGCUUUUAAAUUGAAAAGGAUGUUAUCCUGACUUAAAUCUUUAUAUAAAGGAGAUUGUGGAAGCUUGUCUUCACUCACCUUUAUGUUCAGUCUAUAUAUAUACUUUUACAGUGAUCAACUUCACAUCCAUCAUUUUACCAAAAUUUUUCACAUUGAUUGAUCAUUAUUAUUAACUUGAAUAAAUGACAACAUAAAUGUUA